AUGCCUGACGAAGCUGGUGAUGGUUGUGUAGGAAUAAUAGCCGGUCAUCCCCUGGAUACUCUAAAGGUACACAUACAAUCAGGGAGGGGAAGCGCACUAGAAUGUACUAAAGCUCUGUUAAAAGGAGGAACAUUAUCUACUGCAUAUCGAGGUGUAGGAGCGCCUUUAGGUGGAAUCGCUGUCAUAAAUAGUUUAGUAUUUGGAGUAUACGGAAACACAAGAAGAUCUCUACCGUAUCCGGAUUCUCUAUUGUCACAUGGUGUUGCUGGUGGUAUUUCUGGCUUCGUUCAAAGUUUCGUUUGCUCGCCGGUCGAGCUUGUCAAAACACGACAACAACUUGUUCGGCCAGGUGAGAAGAUGCCGACUGGUGCUUGGUCUGGAGCUCGAUAUAUAUUAAGAACAGGAGGAUAUAGAGCAUUAUUUAAGGGCUUAGGAAUUACCAUAGCCCGUGACAGCCCAGCCCUCGCAAUCUACUUUGUCUCAUAUGAAGCCAUGAUAAGAGGAGAUAGUUCAGUCAUGACUGUGUUCACUGCCGGUGGUGUAGCUGGUGCUUUAUCGUGGGUCCUUCUAUACCCAAUAGACGUAGUGAAAUCAAGAUUACAAGGUGAUGUCGAUGGAAAAUACAAAGGGGCCUGGGACUGUUUUUGUAAAUCAGUGCAAACGGAUGGGUGGAAGUGUAUGAGGCGAGGAAUUGGCGCUGUGACCAUACGAGCCUUUAUUAGCAACGGAGCCUGCUUCACGGCUGUGGCGUGGACAGAGAGAGCUUGGCAGCGUAUCUUACAUUUCAAUUCCGCACAAGCUGCAAAAAUCGGAGAUGCUGUGCGGUGUGAAACACCAGAAUAUUACGAAUUAUAG